UAAUACAUGGAAACUGUUACCAUGCCAACCGACACGACUCUCCAACUACAACCAAUGCUUCCAGAAUCGAACAAUCACCAUGUUUGGGGAUUCAACAGUUCGCCAAUGGUUCUUUCACCUCUUCAACAAACUCGAACUCAAAUUUUCCACUCAGAUAUGGAAUGCGACCAAAUGGCACAGGCGGUCAGCAGCGUAUAAGAAAGCUUACAACUAUGAGCUCAUCUGGACCCGACAUGGCCUUCCCAUAUAUUUCGGCGAAAUCAACAGAGGUGAAACCCGCCCAGUGUUUGUGUCAUUAGAUGGAAUUCCACCAGGAUCUAACGAUAUCCUUUUGAUCCACCUCUAUGCUCACUUCCAAUACCACCAUCCCAAGGUGUUCAGGACGAACAUCAGGAGAACUGUGAGAUCACUGAAGGAACUCUUGGCGAGGUCGCCAAACGUCUCCGUUGCCAUCAAAGGGCCUCAUUACUUCAGCUUCAGGGACAGGAAGACACUGGGCGGCAUGUGGGGUCCUAUAUAUAAUCAUAUUCUGAAGGAAGAAUUUAAGGAGCUCUACCAGAAAGUGUGGUUUCUGGAUGUUUGGGACAUGACCGUUGCCCAAGAGAGCAGAGAUGUCCAUCCUUCCAGUAGUAUUGUCAAGUCCAUGGUAAACAUGUUUGUUGAUUUCGUUUGCAGCUAAUUCAGAAUCCGUUCAUGAUGUA